AUGGCCCCACUUCUGAGCUGCCCCCGGGACCCCUGCUGGGCGCGGCCGACACAGCCGCCCUUCGCUGCCCGGGGCCUGCAGCCUGCGCCCUCGCUGGGCGCGGACGGCCGCGAUCUUGGGCCUGCGGGAAGGGCCGCGCGCCUCGCCGGCUCCUCCUCAGCGCGCCUCGCCGGCUCCUCCUCAGCGCGCCUCGCCCGCUCCUCAGCGCGCCUCGCCGGCUCCUCAGCGCGCCUCUCCGGCAUGGCCCUGGGCGCGGGCGCGGGGCCCCCGGAGGACGAGGCGGAGGCCGAGGCGCUGGCCCGCGGCGGCGCCCUCGAGGCGUUCGGCGAGAGCGCGGAGGCGCGCGAGCUGCUCGGCGGCCUGCGCGCGGCGUGCGGGGACCGCGCGGCCCGGGAGGGGGCCCUGGAGCGGUUCCGGGCGCUGAUGGACAAGUACCAGGAGCAGCCGCACCUGCUGGACCCCGACCUGGAAUGGAUGAUGAACCUGCUGUUGGGUCUGGUGCAGGAUGAGACCUCUCCAGCCGACCUUGUACAUCUGGCUUUUAAAUUCCUGUAUAUCAUCACCAAGGUUCGAGGCUACAAGACAUUUCUUCGUCUGUUUCCUCAUGAAGUAGCUGACGUCCAGCCUGUUCUAGACAUGUUUGCAAAUCAGAGCCCUAAAGACCACGAGACUUGGGAGACCCGCUACAUGCUGUUGCUCUGGCUCUCUGUCACCUGCCUGAUCCCUUUCGACUUCUCACGCCUUGAUGGGAACCUCAUCGCCCAGCCUGGACAGACGCGAAUGUCCAUAAUGGACCGCAUCCUCCAGAUAGCUGAGUGCUACUUGGUUGUCAGUGACAAGGCCCGAGACGCAGCUGCUGUCCUCGUGUCCAAGUUUGUCACGCGGCCGGACGUCAAGCAGAAGAAGAUGGCGAGUUUCCUGGACUGGAGCCUGUGCACCCUGGCCCGCUCCUCUUUCCAGACUAUUGAGGGGGUCAUUGCUAUGGACGGGACGCUGCAGGCCCUGGCACAAAUAUUUAAGCACGGAAAACGUGAAGACUGUUUGCCCUACGCUGCCACUGUGCUCCAGUGCCUGGACGGGUGCAGACUCCCCGACAGCAGCCAGACUCUGCUUCGGAAACUUGGGGUGAAGCUCGUGCAGCGACUGGGCCUGACCUUCCUGAAGCCCCGGGUGGCCAAGUGGAGGUACCAGCGUGGCUGCCGCUCGCUGGCUGCAAACCUGCAGCUCCCGGCCCAGCAUCAGAGCCCACCGGCCGUGCAGGCCCCGCCUCUCGGCAGCGAUGAUGGCAAGGAUGACGAGGACAACGUGCCCGAAGAGGUGGAGAGUGUGAUAGAGCAGCUGCUGGUUGGCCUGAAGGACAAGGACACCAUUGUCCGGUGGUCUGCAGCCAAAGGAAUUGGCAGGAUGGCGGGAAGGCUUCCCAGAGAGCUGGCGGACGACGUGGUUGGGUCCGUGUUGGAUUGUUUCAGCUUCCAGGAGACAGACAACGCCUGGCACGGUGGGUGCCUGGCGCUGGCGGAACUGGGCAGAAGAGGCCUGCUGCUCCCUUCUCGGCUGGCGGAUGUGGUCCCCGUCAUCCUGAAGGCGCUGGCCUACGACGAGAAGCGGGGCGCCUGCAGCGUGGGCACCAACGUCAGGGAUGCCGCCUGCUACGUGUGCUGGGCCUUCGCUCGCGCCUACGAGCCACGGGAGCUGGAGCCCUUUGUGGCCGCCAUUUCCAGUGCCCUGGUGGUUGCCGCGCUGUUUGACCGGAACGUGAACUGCAGGCGGGCCGCCUCCGCCGCCUUCCAGGAGAACGUGGGGAGACAGGGCACUUUCCCUCACGGGAUCGACAUUCUGACCGCAGCUGACUACUUUGCUGUUGGCAACAUCUCCAACUGCUUCCUCGUCAUCAGCACGACCAUCGCGGGCUUCACCGAGUACACGCGGCCCAUGAUCGACCACCUGCUGACCAUGAAGAUCGGCCACUGGGAUGGGAUCAUCAGAGAGCUGUCCGCCAAGGCGCUGCGCAACCUGACCCCCCAGGCGCCCGAGUACAUGGCCACUCACGUGCUCCCGCACCUGCUGUCCCUGACGCACAGCUCCGACCUGCACACGCGGCACGGGGCCCUGCUGGCCUGCGCCGAGGUCACCAGGGGCCUGCACAUGCUGGCGGCACAGGAGGGCAGGCCCCUUGCCGCCCACCUGGAUGAGGAGGUCAUGGAGGGCCUGAGGCAGACCCACCAGCAGCUCUUCGACCGCCAGCUGUACAGGGGCCUGGGAGGCGAGCUCAUGAGAGCCGCAGUGUGCGUCCUGAUAGAAAGCUUGUCGCUCUCCGGCCUGCCCGUCAAGGAUGGAGCCGUGGUCGGGGGCUGGCAGUGGCUCAUCCACGACACACUGAGGAAUCUCCAUCUCGUUUCCAGUCACUCCCGACAGCAGAUCAAGGACGCGGCCGUCGCUGCCCUGGCCGCCCUCUGCAGUGAGUACCACCGCACGGAGCCCGGGGCCCCCAGGCAGGAGGCGCUGGUGGAGCAGUACCUGGCGGAGCUGCGGAGCCCGGAGGAGACGACGCGCUGCGGCUUCUCGCUGGCCCUGGGCGCCCUCCCCGGCUUCCUUCUGCGGGGCCGGCUGCAGCAGGUCCUCGCAGGCUUGGGGGCUGUCACCCACAUCUCUCCCGCGGACGUGAGUUUCGCAGAGGCCCGGCGGGACGCCUUGAAGGCCAUCACUAGGGUCUGCCAGACUGUCGGCGUGAAGGCAGAAGGGCGCCCGGCUGAGGCCCUGUGCCAGGCGAACGUGCCGCAGGUGUACCGCACGCUGCUGGCCUGCCUGCAGGACUACACCACCGACAGCCGCGGGGAUGUGGGCGCCUGGGUCCGUGAGGCCGCCAUGACCAGUCUGAUGGACCUGACGCUCUUGCUGGCCAGGGACCAGCCUGACCUGAUCGAGGCCAGCGUCUGCGAGCAGGUCAUGGCUGGCCUGGCCCAGCAGGCCAGUGAGAAGAUCGACCGGUUCCGCGCACACGCUGCCCGCGUGUUCCUGCGGCUGCUGCACCCCGACGGCCCCGUGCCCCACGUGCCCCACCGCGAGGAGCUGGAGAAGCUCUUUCCCAGGUCGGAGGUGGCCGCUGUGGACUGGAGCGCCGCCUCCCAGGCCUUCCCACGCAUCACUCGGCUCCUGGGGCUGCCCGCCUACCGCUACCGCGUCCUGCUGGGGCUGGCCGUGUCUGUGGGUGGCCUGACGGAGUCCACGGUCCGGCACUCCACCCAGAGCCUGCUGGAGUUCACCAGGGGCCUGCAGGGCGACAUGCAGGCCCUGGACAGCUUUGCAGGGACCCUCCUGCAGGUGUUUGAGGACAACCUCCUGAAUGACAGGGUGUCCGUGCCGCUGCUGAGGACACUGGACCAGAUGCUGGCCAACGGCUGCUUCGACACCUUCACCUCGGAGGAGGACCACCCCUUCUGCGUGAAGCUGCUGGAGCUCUGCAGGGAGGAGACCAAGAAGUCUAAAGAUGUCCAGAAACUCCGGUCGAGCGUGGCCGUGUUCUGUGGGAUGGUGCAGUUCCCUGGCGCCGUGCGGAAGAAGGUGCUGCUGCAGCUGUCCCUGCUCCUCUGCCACCCCUUCCCCAUGAUCCGGAAGACCACGGCCAGCCAGGUGUAUGAGAUGCUGCUGACCUAUGGGGACGUUGUGGGGGUGGACGUGCUGAAUGAGGUGCUGACUGUGCUCAGCGACACGGCCUGGGACGCAGAGCUCCCGCUGGUGAGAGCCCAGCGCAACCGCCUGUGUGACCUCUUCGGUGUGCCCCGACCUCAGCUGGUCCCCAAGGUAACCACAUCCCCACAGGCUGCAUGGGGACCUGGGGACCUGCCCCACGGUGCCUGCACCCCCAUCUGGGUCCUUCCACCCGCCCUCUGCCAGGGCCUUCGGUGCUGGCUGGGCUUCCUGCUACGCCAUGUGGGGAGAGCCCUCGACACCCCGUGCCAUGCCAGCCUCAGCCACCUCCCACCUGGGGGCUGCCCCCCCAGCCAUUCCCCAUGGCCUGACAUCUGCUCAGAGCUGUGGUUCCCUGAAGUCAGGGCUCUGGCGCCUCUUGUGGUGCGUAUGGUCACCACGUGGUGCCCCGGGCAGAGGGGCAGGCCCCCUGGCUGUCCAGUCUCCAGCCUGUGGGCUCUGCCACAGGUGAACCCAGCACUGCCCCCCAUCCUGUUCCCACUGGCGAUGUCCCUCUGGACACGGGCUGGACCGUGGCUCUGGACAGACCGAGGCAGGCGUGCCUUCUGCUCAGCAGCCUAGCCUGCCCCUCGGCCCCGCUGGCGCUGGGGACAGCUUCCUGCAUGGGCUUG